AUGGCUGAUUAUUUCAUAAACAUGUGUACUCUUAAUGUAAACCUCAGGCAGAAUCGGUGUGAUACUGUAUAUGACGAGGCUGAAUUCCUUGAAUUAAUCCUUUGCUUGUCCAAAGCAUUUUCAUAUUGUUCACUACCCCAUGGAGAUGACUCUAAGUAUGUGUUCAACAUUCUCUUUUUGCAGAUAUUUGAUGUGGUUUUAAAUGGAGAACACACCAUUGUAGAUGAACUUGAUAUUUUUGCCAAAGUUGGAAGAGGUGUGGCACAUGAUGAGAUGCUAACAUUUUCAGUGAAAAAUGGUAAAGUGAGAGUAAAUGGGGAAACAUCACAGAUUGAUGGCAAAAUUACUGUGGAGUUUAUUAAGGGUGACUCAGACAAUCCAAAAAUUAAUGCCAUUUACGUUAUGAAGGGUACUCUAGAUGAUGUUCCAAAGCUUCCACCACUCCCUGGUGCUGAUACUCCUCAUGGUGAGGAGGAGGAAGAGGAGGAAGAAGACGAAAGCUCAGAAGCCAGGUCCCCCUCAAAAUCCCGCCGUCCUUCAGGGCCAAAGGUCCAAGACCCUUAUGCUGCCGACGAUACUAGCACCAUGUUGUUGCCUGUAUUUGUGGCCAUAGGGGCCUUUAUACCACUCCUUUUCUGUCUAUGUAGACUAUGACGCUAGAUAUAAAAGGCUUUGGAUUGGGCUGAAGACAUCAUUCAUUCAAGUGAGAGGAGUGGGCAGGGGUUGGGGUGGUGCAUAUGGGGUGGUGGGGCUGGUUUAUAUGGGGG